AUGGCGACCUCCUUACUUCGGCUAGGACGACUGGGGUCUCUCAAGGUACUAUUCGUUGUUUAUUGUCUAAACAUGUUUUUCUUCAGUUGUCAUUUCGAUUAUUUUACAAAUAGCAUAUUCGUUUGAUGAUUGGUUUGUACAGUAAUCAACGUACCGUAACCGUUUUCUUUUAACAUUAGCUAGUGUCCUUCUGUCCUGUUGACCGGAGGAGCAGGACUGCUAGCUAUACAUGCCAUCAUCGCCAUCUCACGUUUUGAGACUGUGCUUUAUCUCUGGCGUUUUAUUUAUUCGCAAAUUAUGGCGAUGACAUUUAUCAUGCAUAACAAUACGUGCUCAUUAAUCAGAAUGAAGCUAGAUAGUUAGGUUGGUAGGUAACUAGCUAACACAUUGAAUAACUAACGUUAAGUCAUGAUUUGCUUGUUCUGGUCCCAUUGUCAAGCUUGAAACAUGUUUGGCAGACAAUUCCACAAGGAGCUGACAAGAGGGCAUAAACACACUGGAACCCAGGGCCAGACUAAUGAAGGCUGAAUUUACAAUACAAAACAAUGGUAUGUAUGUAUGUAUUUCUGUGCAGGUUAUCCAAAAAGAGAGCUGGGGCCUUUUGAGGAGCUCCUCUGCCGCAGCAUUCUGCACCAAGGCGGGGGGGACAAAGAAAGCUCUUAAAAAGGCGACGGCUACAAGUAAGAGUGCGGCUAUUCUUUUCUUUCAUUUACGUUAAUAUGUUCUAUUCCUAUGUCCUUUUUAUUCUCCCCUAGGUAACAGUAACGCCAUUUCUCUCUCAGGUAUAGCCCACACUUGGAUUAUCUCCCUGAUGUGCCAAAACAAUCACAUCCUGGAACCUUACAGGAUGUGAUUGCCCAAUGCCAAUUGUACUUCUCUUUUAAACAUGUGCUUGAUUGCACUGGAACCGGGAUUAGGGAUGCAAAUUCCGGUCAAUUUUGCUGCCGACUAAUUGACCCUCAUUAACCGGUUAACAAACGGUUAAAUUUUUUCCAAAUAGUAAAAUGACGUGACCAACAGGAAAUACUAUAAGAGAUCUGUAUAUAAUGACGAGGGGCUUAUUUCUCCGGCCUAACAAUGGUAGCCGUCCCAAGGCUGUAAGGCAGAUGACAUAGAAACACAUUGGGUUCGUUUUGGACAGAUUUUGGUCGAGGGUUAAAGCUCUCGCUUCGUCUCUUCCUCUGAUACUAAGCAUGCACACAAGGACCGGACAUUUUUCAUUAAGAGCUGAAACAUGCAACAAUAGCAAGCCUAUCGCGUUACGGGCAAAAGGCUAUAACCUAUUAUUGAAUAUGCAACUCCUGUAAUAAAGCAGCUAAUUUUCAAUAAUCAUUUUCAAACAUUUGCCGAAAUGCAAUUUGCUGGAAAACACUGUUCUAAACCUAAUGCGAGCAGUUGUGACAGAGAUUAACAUCUCCGUUAGAAACGUAGAAAGAGGGGGAAUCUAUAACAACAGCUAGGAUGGGUUGCUAAUAUGACUAGGAUUGUGCCUUCGGCUUCUGGACAACGGAAGAAAGUGGAUAUGAAAACUAGAUCAGGAGAGAAAUGCUGGCUAAUGGCAUCAGGAAGUCUUUAUAAAAUAAUUGCCUCCACGUUUCUAUGGAUGGAUUUUCACAAGGCUACUUUGAAACAAGGUAAGACAUCAUUCCUCAUUAUUCGAAGUAAAGCUUUCAGACAAUUCCUGCCUCAAGCUCAUAUUGCAAAGUGAUGGUAGCUACCUAUGGAGGACUAAAAGUGCCACAAUUAAAUAAAUAAAUACACCAUUAAAUAAUUACUUAAAUGUGUUAUUAAAUGUGUCAUUAAUUAAUUCAAAUACCGAUUCAUUUUAUGUAAAAUACAUAUAUAAUAAUUUCACUAUUUACAUUUACAUUUCAUGGUCCUGCGUUGGAGUGCUUCCUGAAUUACUUAAAACUGUCAAACUGACCCAUCAAAAGUUGGUAGGCGGAACCUAACGCCUGAUUGGUUACCCUCUGCAUCAAGCCAAGACAAAUCAAUUCCGGAUAAUGUCAGCAGGUCCUGCUUCUACAUCCUCUGCUAAGUUUAAAAUGUCUCUAACCAACUCCCUGGAAAGUUCACGGAGAUCCUCCAUUGUCUCUAUCCAGGUUGGCCUACUCUACUUCAGACCAAAGCAAUGGAUCAGACUAGAUUCGCGUUAGCCCCGCCCACUGACUUUGAUGGGUCAGUUUGACAGUUUUAAGUAAUUCAUGAAUCACUGCAAUGCAGGAUCAUGAAAUGUAAAUGUAAAUAGUGAAAUAAUUAUAUAUGUAUUUUACAUAAAAUGAAUCGGUAUUUGAAUUAAUGAAUGAUACAUUUAAUUACACAUUUAUGUAUUUAAUUCUAAUUUUAAUUAAUUAAUGACACAUUUAAGUAAUUAUUUAAUGGUGUAUUUAUUUAUUUAAUUGUGGCACUUUUAGUCCUCCAUAGCUACCGUUGACUAUAGCCUAUGGCAAAUGGGAGGCGCGCUUUAGUUACGAGUUGAGAUUGAGAAAUAAAAAUAGCUCCUUUUAAUCGUGGCCGUCAAAGUUUUUAACACGCGGUUGCGUUUAGAAUGUUUACUUGUUGCGCAAUGAGUGGGCUUACAAAAUCAUGUUUCACUCCAGUGAGGAGCUACUCUGGCGCUGUCUGACAGGUGGUAGGGUAUUCCGCUCCUCAAACUAGGUUAACAGAGGAAGAACAAUGAUUUCAAGCACCACCCUCCUUUUUAAAGCUUCCAGUCUGUUAUUCUAACUCAAUCAGCAUAACAGAGUGAUCUCCAGCCUUGUCCUCGUCAACACUCUCACCUGUGUUAACGAGAGAAUCACUGACAUGUCAGCUGGUCUUUUUGUGGCAGGGCUGAAAUGCAGUGAAAUGUUUCUUUGGGAUUAACUUCAUUUUCAUGGCAAAGAGGGACUUCAUCUGAUCACUCUUCAUAUCAUUAAUAUAAUAUAAUAUGCCAUUUAGCAGACACUUUUAUCCAAAGCGACUUACAGUCAUGUGUGCAUACAUUUUUACGUAUGGUUGGUCCCGGGGAUCGAACCCACUACCCUGGCGUUACAAGCACCAUGCUCUACCAAUUGAGCUACAGAGGACCACCAUCCUCACCAUUUGCUCAAAUCAAAAUCAAAUCUUAUUUGUCACAUGCGCCGAAUACAAUACUGUGAAAUGCUUACUUACAUGCCCUUAACCAGCAAUGCAGUUUUAAGAAAAUAGAGUAAAGAAAAUAUUUACUAAAUAAACAAAAGUCAAAAAAUAAAUAAUAAUAAUAAGUAACACAAUAAAAUAACAAUAACGAGGCUACAUACAGGGGGUACCGGUACCGAGUCAAUGUGCGGGGGUACAGGUUAGUCAAGGUAAUUUGUACAUGUAGGUAGGGGUAAAGUAACUAUGCAUAGAUAAUAAACAGUGAGUAGCAGCAGUGUAAAAACAAGGGGGGGGGGGGGGGAAUGCAAAUAGUCUGGGUGGCCAUUUGAUUAAUUGUUCAGCCUUUUGACUUGGGGGUAGAAGCUGCUCACCCAUAGUUUUGGCAACACAUUUACAUUUACAUUUUAGUCAUUUAGCAGACGCUCUUAUCCAGAGCGACUUACAGUCAAUACAUUCUAAAUACAUAGUAAUAAAUCAUUUUAAGGAAUUAAAAAACUCCUACUUUUGUGCCAUUGAUGGAUAACAAAUAUUUCCAAACUUCAAAUUAUCAACUCAGACUUUGUGAAAAUUAAUAUUUGUGUCAUUCUCAAAACUUUUGACCACGACUGUACAUGCUAAGGUACAUGCUAAGGUGUACUGUACAUGCUAAGGUUACGGUGUACAAGCUUGAUUGAUUACUCAUUGGUCUCCUUUCACUUCUUUCUCUCUCUUACUCUGGAAUUGUGGGGAUAUGCAUGCUGUCAAUUACCAUACACAAAAAAUGUAUGCACGCAUGACUGUAAGUCGCUUUGGAUAAAAGCGUCUGCUAAAUGGCAUAUUAUAUAUUAUUAUAAUUAAUGGAAAUGUCUGUAUAUGCACAUGAUUUGGAUGUGGAAGGUGUCCUUUUGCGUAUGACCGUCACCUAACUUAUUUCAGUGUGAUUGGAUUUGGACCUGUUAAGCCUCUUUUUAAGCCUGCUGUUUAAAUAGGCGAGUUGCCCCAACAAGUCAGCUUACAAUAUUGCAGUAGUAUUUUAAUAAUGGUCUGGGUAUUGUCCAAAUUGUUAUUUUGAUCAACAACAAAAAACAUGACAACCUGUGUAUAAAACGUUUUUUGAUAUGGACAAGAAUAAUCCUACUUCAAGGAUAAUAAAAUAAAAAUGUACAUUCUGCCCAAUUGACAAUGUCUCAUUCCUGCUUCUGCCAAAGUCAAAUUUGUAUGCAAGUUUCAUUUUCUAAUUGGCUGUUAGCGCACUUUUGCUAUCCUCAUUCCUGGCUUCCUUCCCAGACGUUUGUGCUGUAGACAGUAGAUGCUAAGGCCAUUCACAUCAGCCUGUCUCCAGGCUCUAUAGGUGGGGAUACAUCCUUACCACUGUAGGAAAUGCCCCACCAUAAAUUACUUUUGUCAAAUGGGUGAAUAUUUAAAUGUGCACCUUUUUUAAAGACCUUUUUAAGAAAAGUAAAUGCCGAGUCAUGUGUGGGCAUCACUUUUUGUCGCCAGUGAUUAUACUUUUAAAACAUCUUCUAUUCCUUAUGAGAAUGUUUUUCUGAUCGUUUUUGACAGUUGACGGGGUUCCGAAUAACUCUAAAACCAAAUGUUUUUUUUCUACCUUUUGUGUUAUGGUUUUAUUUAGCCAAACUCCAGGUCAGUCAGGGUACCCAAUACCCGUAUGCCUGUGCUGUGUCUCUUUUACCCGUCUCUGUUCUACCCCCUUCAGAGGUGGCAGCGGCACCUCCAGAACCAGCCCCCCCCGAGCCUUUCGACAACAGCACUUAUAAUAACCUUCAGCACCACAACUACAACCAUUACACCUUCGCAGACCUGGACCUGGAGAUGGCCAAGUACCGUCUGCCCCAGCCCUCCUCCGGCAGACCCUCCCCCAGGCACUGA